AUGGAUACGGUUCUUGUCCAAGAGAGAAGUAAAAUUCCAAACACAGACAAAAUAAAAUCCCAAACGUCGUCUUCGGUAUUUCUGUGUAUUAACCCAGUAUCCAGAGAAGGGUCAGAGCGACCCGGAAAAGAGGAAACAGUUACUGAAUCAAACCUCCUCUUCUGGCUUUUACAGACUCCGCGUCCGAGGCGUCAGGGAAGCAAGACCACUCGGCUACUCCCCCAAGCUGGCGGUCAGCAGCCCCAGCCCGAGACCCGGGUCAACCGGGCCGCGGGAAACACCCUCCUCUCGGUACCCUCAGCCGGCCACAGCCGCUACCGAAGCCCAGGAACCGCGGCCGAUCAGCUGAGACCCGCCCGGCCGACGCUCCCCGCGCCGCCCGGCCCCCCGGAACGCGGGCCCCGGCCCCGGGGGGCGGAGAGGGCGGGAGCAGCGAAGCGCCCUGACCGGGGGCCUUCGGCUGCCUUUGCGUCGUCCCCUGAGCCGGGGCUCCGCGCUGCGGGACGAUCCCCCGUACACCCCCAGCUACUCCCCAGUAGCAGAGGAGGGACUCCGGGGGAUGGGCCCCCUGACGUUGCCCUUCCACGCGAAGAGCCCACUGCCCGGGAGGGAAACAACCGCGACGGGCCCGGGAACUGGAAAGGUGCUCUGCGGCCCGCCGCCGCCGCCGCCGCCGCUGCCGGGGAGGGGUGUUGUUUCCCUCACACAGGAGGAUCCGCUGAAGCAGCCGCCGCCAUUUUGAACCCGUCAGAUUCUCACAUACACACAGCUCCUCCGGCCUCACUGCGCAGGCGCCCUCUCUUCACCACCACCCCCUCCCUCCCGUCGCCUCUCCACCCCCACCUCUUUCGAGCCUCCCUGCGCGUCUUACCGCUCUCCGGGACACACGUGAACGCGCACGCGUCACUCCCCCCACCCCACCCCGCCCCCUCUACCACGGACACACCGCCGGAGCGCGCACGCGCCGAUUGCGUCGGCCUCGAAUCGCCCGCGCCCCGCGACGCCGACGCGGUUCCCCGCCCUCCCCCCCUCGCGUCAGCCCGCACGCCCUCUGGCCGGCCUACCGCCCCCGCUCCCUGCCCGCCUCCUCUCAGGUCGCCGGCUCGACCGGGUGCCUGCGCCUGCGCGCCAGUCGCGAGCCUCCUCCGCGCGCGCUCUCUCUCUCCCCCACACCCGCACACAGACACACACGCACACACAGACGCGCGCGCGCGCGCACACACACACACACACACACACUCGCAACUUCGCCGGUGACCCCGCCCACCGCCGGCCAGCUGCGCCAGCCGCCCUCCCUCCCCCACUACUCUAGGGAGGGUUGUGACCCCCGACCCCCACAAAACACAGCACCCCGCCCCAAGCAGUAGGAAGCAUCUCCCCUUCCCCUUCGAGCCACCUCUGCUGGGUGGUCAGACGGGUCACACAAACGUGGGCCAGACGGCCUGGGUCAGGGCAGCCGUUGGCCGCUUCAACGCGGGGUCCCCCGGGGUCAUGCCAUGGGAGCGGGCCAGAGCCGGGUGCUGUGCUCGGGUCUUGUCAGACCCAGGGAGUGCACGGAAAGAAGCGCCCUCCCGCCGGGCGCCCUCCCUCACGCGCCGGCCGGCCGAGGCCCACCUGCUCGCCAUCCCGGAGUAGGCCCCUGCGCCCCCCGCUGCAGGGCCUGGCCGCCCUUAGCACGGGGGGAGCUCCUGUCCGUGCAGCGAACCGGUUUCGCCUCACCCACUCCUCGCCGCUCCGAAGGGGCAGGAACCGGUAGCAGUAGCAUGUCUGUCCCGAGCUCUGUUCCCUCAGGGCAGCUCCAGACGCUUGACAAGGGAGUCCACAGGUGCUGUGCGCGACAGUGGGAUCCACGACGGCUCAGGGGUGGCAGCAGCUAGCACACCCCACUGCGGGCCGCAGGCUCCCAGGGAGGUGGCCCAGGGAGCCCCUGCUGUUGGCCACGCUCAGGUUUCCGUAGCGCCGGUGCCCUCGGCGGCCCGGGUGGGACGUGACCCCGCCCCCGGCGAGUCGGGGCACCCCCCACGGAGAGGGGCGCGGGCCGCCCCUAACCCCAGGGCCGCGGCUUGCGAGGGAGGCCCAGCCGAGAAAAUGUCUCCGGUUUGUGUGCGCAGCUUCGCGCGAGGGUCAGCGAUGGGGCAGCGGCGGCCCAAGCUGCUCGGCCCUGCCGACGAACCGGCUCCCGCGGCUCGACAGCCGCCCGACGGGCAAGCGGGCUCCGGACGUCGACGGAGCCCAGCCAGAGGUAACAGCAAUGCCAUGCGAGCAGCCCAACUGCGCUCAGGGCAGUUCCCCAGCCAAUCUCGUGCUUUGAGGCCCGUUUAAAUUGUAAAUCCCACAAAGGACGGUGGCCUGGACGCUACACAUCCAAGUGCUUGAGGUUGGCACUUUCCCCUUGCUGACUGGUGUCACAUUUUUUUCUCCCUGCCUUGGUUUCCAACUCUUCACCUUGAUUCUGAAGAGUCUGGGUUGGAAGAGGAAGACUACCGUGGUAGAGCUAUCAUAAUAACGUUCGUAAACAGCCUUCUAGGUCUUUUAGGAAGACGUUAGUGGCCGACAGUUGGAAAAAAUGAUACUUUCUUUUGCUAUCACAGUUUGAACUGGGGUAAAGAAAGACACUCCUUAAAUCCAAAGUAUUACUUAAUACAGCAAAAAGUUUUGCACACAGGAUUUUAACAGACAUUCUCUGCUGCUUUUCACAUCUUUAGUAGACAAGAGAAAGAGCUUUGUGUUUCUAAACUCGUUUUAAAACUAAACAAUGGGAAUAUAAGAUUAAACGUGUGCAUAUUACUGUGAUAGAGGUUCACAGCUCUGCAACUGCCAACAGAAACAUCUCACAACAAAAGUGAUUGGUUUGUAUGGUCUCAUUAUCUUGCAGCCAGGCACUGAGCAAAGUCACUUUAUUCUGAUACCAGUUGCUUUUCAGACUUUUUAGAGCAUUGCUUCGAAGAGUCACUGUCAGAAACUUUGCCAGAUUGAAGGCCUCUUUUGGUGUUCCAGGCUAUAGUAAAAUAUGUUUUAAACUAGUACUCUUACCCGUGUGGUGACUCACACUUGGGAGGCAAUCCUAGGACUCCACAGAGGCUGAGGCAGGAAGAGUCCCAUAAGUUAAAAGCCAACCUAUGUGGAUAAUGAAUUCAGGUCAGCUUGGCCUUACAGAGUGCAACCCUGUCUCAGAAAAAGGCGGUAGUCUUUUAUAUCCAGUGGCAGGUGUGGCCCCAAAGACAUCAGGAUUUUUGUAGCUAUAAAACAAAAAUCUCAACUACACUACAGUAGGGGAACUGACUAAACAAUACUGUCUCUACAGGCUGGCUGCCAUCUACCAAAGCAGAUGGCCCAUCGUAUUACCCCAAAUCAUAGUGGCUCUGAUGGGUAGGGGCAGAUCUGGGAGGACUACUGUUUUGCCUUUAAUCAUUCCAGAAGUCUAGAACUGGGGCAGUUCCCCAAGAAGGCCACUAGACCUUUGAACUAUGGAGCUAAAGAAAGAGGAGAUAAGUGGUUUAUGAGAAGGAAGAAAAAAAAUCCUAGAAGCCUUGAUAAAAUGGUCCCUAUCUGGAAUCAUCUGGUAUCUUAAUAAACUGUAAACUCAUUUCAGCUUUUUAUGCA